UUUUUCCGUUGGUGAGACUCGACAGCUUCUCUGGACUCGCAUAGACAGUGCAGUCAUACCCGGAGCGUUACUCGAGCCACGAUCCCUCCUUCUCCACGCCUGCUCUGGAGCAGAACUGUUACUAUCACUGUGAGGAUCUCGCAGUGAGAGACAGGCACAGAGCAUGAAGUGGGCGUGUCUGUUAGCGGGUUUCCUGCUCCAGAGCGCAGGGGUCAGACAGAACCAAGUAACAGGAGCGGUGUGGAAGCCCUGCGAGUCCAGGAGCUCCUGUGAGGAAUGCAUUAAGAGCCAGCCGGACUGUGCCUGGUGCAAACAGCUGAACUUCACGAAGGCUGGGGAGUCGGACUCCAGUCGCUGUGACUCAGAGGAGAGCCUGAGGCAGCGAGGGUGUGCAAUAAGCCAGAUUCAGAACCCCAAGAACUUCCUGCACCUUGACAAGAACAGGGAGCUGAAACAGGGAGUCGAGAUCAGGGGUGGGGAGGAGGUGGUGCAGCUGCAACCGCAGGGACUGACCCUAAAUCUGCGCCCAGGGGCUCCUCAGAGCUUCAAGGUGAGGUUCAGGCGUGCCGAGGGCUACCCCAUAGACCUCUACUACUUGAUGGACCUCUCCUACUCCAUGAAGGACGAUCUGGAGAACAUCAAGAAGCUGGGUCAGGAGAUCCUCACCGCUCUCAGCAAAGUCACGCGCUCCGUGAAGAUCGGUUUCGGUUCCUUCGUGGAUAAGACAGUUCUGCCCUACGUCAGCACGGUGAAGUCUAAGCUGUUGAACCCGUGCCCCACGCGCCUGGACACCUGCCAGCCCCCGUUCAGCUUCCGCAACGUGCUGUCUCUCACGGAGAGCGCGGCGCUGUUCGAGAAGCGCGUCAGCGAGCAGAGCAUCUCGGGGAACCUGGACUCCCCUGAAGCAGGGUUUGAUGCCAUGAUGCAGGCAGCCGUCUGUCAGCGAGAGAUAGGCUGGAGGAAUGUGACCCGGCUGCUGGUCUACACCUCGGACGACACUUUCCACACGGCCGGGGACGGCAGGCUGGGCGGGAUCUACUUCCCCAACGACGGGCACUGCCACCUGAACGAGGGGGGUGUGUACGACAGGAGCACCUACUACGAUUACCCCUCUGUGGGGCAGCUGGCUCAGGUCUUGUCUGCCAACAACAUCCAGUCCAUUUUUGCCGUGACCGAGAAGAUUUAUCCCACGUACCAGGAGCUCAGCAGACUGAUCCCGAAGUCUGCAGUCGGGGUGCUGACGAGCGAUUCCAGCAACGUGGUGCAGCUCAUUUGCGAUACUGAGAGAGGGUCCCGUGUGUGUGUGAGAGAGCGUGAGAGUGAGAGAGAGAGAGUGAGAGGUGGUGAGCAUGCUGCUGUUCAUGCACAGUGCUUGAUGACUCCCUGCUGUCUCUCUCCACCCCUGCUUGGCAUCUCCACUCCACAGAACCUCUCCUCCACCAUCUACCUGGACCCCCUGCAGCUGCCGGCGGGGCUCAGCAUCUCCUUCGACUCGCACUGCGGGAACCACACCGUGCACGGGCAGAGACGAGGGGAGUGCACCGGGGUCAAGAUCGGGCAGGAGAUCAUCUUCACCGUGACGGUGACCAGCACAGAGUGUCUGACGGGCAGCCAGCACUUCACCAUCAAGCCACAGGGCAUCAACGAGGAGCUGCAGGUCACCGUGACAACCGCCUGCAACUGCGACUGCAGAGACGAGGACCCCUCAUCGCAGCACUGCAGCCACGGCAACGGCACUCUGCACUGCGGGGUCUGCAGCUGCAGUAAGGGCCGGCAGGGUCGCCUCUGUGAAUGCCAGCUCUCCGGAGACGAUGCCAGUGACCUGCAGCAGAGCUGCCGAGCUGGUAACCACUCUGCGCUGUGCAGUGGACACGGCCGCUGUGAGUGCGGGGCCUGCCUCUGCGACAAGAACAGGGGCGGGGCCCACUGUGAGUGCGACCACUCUGCCUGCCCGAGACACAACAACACGCUGUGCGGAGGCAAUGGGAAGUGUAGCUGUGGCCAGUGCCUGUGCUCGCAGGGUUUCACAGGGGAGGCGUGCGAGUGCUCUGCUGCCAAUACCAGCUGCGUUCCUGAGGCGGGCGGGGAGCUGUGCAGCGGCAAUGGCUCCUGUGUGUGUAACCGCUGCCACUGCAGAGAGGGCUACAUCGGAAGACACUGCCAGACAUGCAUCAACUGCAAAACAGACUGCCAGAGCUACGAGUCCUGUCUGUUGUGUGAGCUGGGCGGGGGGCACUGUGAGUCAGAGUGCAAGGGAGCCCUGCGACGAGAGGUGCAGAAACUUCCAGACGACACCUGCAUCCUGGAUAAUGUCAUCUUCAGCGUGAUUCCACCCAAAGAGGAAGGGAGUGCGGUCCUCAUUGAGUACAUGAGGAGAAUGUCUCCUCCCAGCACCCUGACCAUCGUGGGUGGCUCUGUCUCGGGCGUCGUGUUCAUCGGCCUUCUUCUGAUCAUGCUGUACCGCAUCAUCGUCUUUUUCUACGACAGGCAGGAGUACCGGCGCUUCGAGAAGGCGAGGAAGUGCGAGAAGUGGAAUAAGGACGACAACCCCCUGUUCAUAAAUGCCACCACCACUGUAAUGAACCCCAACUUUGAAGAGAGCUAAACCAGAGAGCCGCGUCGCGGAGGACCUGCAUUCCCCUCCCUGCCCCUAGCGAGCUCCCCAGCACUGCAACACAGCCUGGCUCACCAAGCUGCUCCGCGCCUAAAUGAUUCCCCCGCCCCCCAUGCCUUUCCCCUGUGGGAACUCCAAUUAAAGACUUCCCAUCAUGUCGGUGUGUGCAACAGCUCAUCCCUUCCCUGUUUAACAUCCUCUUUCUGCUCCAUCUCUGCCACGCCUACUUACCCCAGAUAAAAAAAACAAAUAAAGGUUGCGCAUCGCAGCACUAAUAUGCUUCCCCGCCUCUCGCUUCCCCACAAUGUUUCUUGAGGGGGGAUAACAAUUCAGUGCGCAGAAACAGCAAGCGGGCGACAGAAGUAAGGAAGGCAGUGUGUCUGUGUCCGCUGGGAGGGUUGGGGAGACUGUAAUACCUGCGCACCAACAUGGGG